GGAUAGACCUCCUAAAUUGAACCGUUAAUGUUCUCUGGCAAUUACGAGCCCAUGAUGACAAAUUCGAUUUCGGAUUGAUUUUCAUUAAUGGAAUAUUUUUUAUCGUAUUUUCGACCUGGAGAAUGUAAAAAAAAAAACAACCUGUUCCAGUUGAUCUGAGUAAAGCCUCGCAAAUGUUUAGCCGUGGAGUUUGUUUCGGCUUUCAUACCAUUUGAUGUAUUGAUUCGUUCCAUUGACGGGCUGGAACUAUCUUUUGGCGUUCGAGGUUCAGUGAUCAAGGUUGGUGUUUGCUAAAUAUGGAAUUAGAUUGAUUAGGUUAGUCCUUUGAAUGAUGCCAUGUAGCGCGUAGGAUGAUACUAUGUACCACGUAGUAUGAUACCAUGUAGCACAUAGGAUGAUACCAUGUAGCAGAUAGGAUGAUGCUAUGUAGCACGUAGGAUGAUAUCAUGCAGCACAUACGAUGAUACUAUGUAGCACGUGGGAUGAUACUAUGUAGCACGUAGGAUGAUACUAUGUAGCACGUAGGAUGAUAUCAUGUAGCACAUAGGAUGAUACUAUGUAGCACUUAGGAGGAUACUAUGUAGCACGUAGGAUGAUACACGUUUUCAGUGGUUGAAUAAAAGAGGAACACAAGAAAAUAGGUUAGGAAAAAAAGUAACUGAGAUUGAGUCUGAUGUGUUAUUGAAGCACCAUCAUAUCAUGGGGGUAAUCAGCAGUUUUUAAAUUAUUAUUAGCCAAUAAACUAUUGUAUUUUUCUAUAGAAUAAUGUACCUGAGAUUGAUAUGACGACAUGAGAGUGGGAAGAUUGAUAUAACGACAUGAGAGAAGAUUGAUAUGACGACAUGAGAGAAGAUUGAUAUGACGACAUAAGAGAAGAUUGAUAUGACGACAUGAGAGAAGAUUGAUAUGACGACAUGAGAGAAGAUUGAUAUGACGACAUGAGAGAAGAUUGAUAUGACGACAUGAGAGAAGGGAGCAUCUAAAAGAAAUUAUUUUUAAAAAGAUAAUUUUUUUUAAAAUGAGUUCAAUUUCACCAAUUUAACACACAAAAAAUUGGUGACAUUGAACUCGUAAAAAAAAAUUUUUUUUUAAUGAGUUCAUUGUCACUAAUUUUUAAAAAGUUUAUUUGGGAGAUGGUGGCACGUGAGAGUUUAUGUGUUUUUUUUUUUUUUGGUUGUUUUUUUGUUGUUGUUUUUUUUACUGUUUUAUGUCUUGUAUUACGUUCAGACAACUAAUGAUCUCCGUAGUUGGUCUAGGGUGAGAAAUUGACAAAUUUUAAUUCUAGUUUUUAUUUAUUGUUUCAUAUUUGAACUUAAUACGGUGACCGAGGAAUACGUUUGUGGCCAAUGUUGGAGCCACAGGUGGGAUCAAUGUCAUUUUUUUUAAAAAAUAAAUAAAUAACUUAUGUAGGAUAUGACGUCACAUUUGGUCAAAUUACGGCUAUAUUUAAUACUGAAAUUGAAUCUCGUUUCACUAAAAAAAAAAAAAAAAAAAAAAAAAAAAAAAAUUUUUUUUUUAUUUUAACUUAUGUAGGAAAUGACGUCACAUUUGGUCAAAAUACGGCUAUAUUUAAUACUGAAAUUGAAUCUCGUUUAACUAAAAAAAAAAAAAAAAAAAAAAGCUUCUGCAAAAUAAGAAAUUAUUAUAAGUAUUCCUCCAGUUUAUUAUAGCUGUUUUUCUCUGCAUUCAAAGAUUGAUAAAUAAAUCAAACACAUUUUAUAGACCGCUCUCGGUUAUUAGGAUUAAAAGGGGGCCUAAAAAUGAGAAAAAAAACACUUAAGUUUAGAGAUUUAACAGUAUGCAACGUGCAGUGAACCAAAUCUGCCAGCUAUAGCGUCAUACGUUUGAACAGGGUUUGGUUAUUACUUAUUGUCAAUGAAGCGUACCAAACGAAAGAGCGUCAGUCGAAGACUUGCGUGGGACAGAUACAACUGUGUUUAAAAAAUACAGUGGUUCUCGUCAAGCUUAUACCUCAUGCGACUAGGCCAAGUUAUUUUUUAACACGUAAAAUAGAAUAAAUGGUGACAACCUCAAUUUUUUUUUUUUUUUUUUUUUUUUUUUUUUUUUGUGUGGGGGGGGGGUGGACACCUGAGACCUUUUGUUGAAAAUUGAAUGGAUUUCUGACGUCAAAUCCUGUCUGCACCUUGACGUACUACGUUGUAUUUACUUUAAUUGAUUCAUCGUAUCAAUGAAUGAGGGGAGUAACUCAUGGAAUAUAGUGGAACACAGCCAGUGUCGUGGUAAUGGUGUGUGUGUGUGGUUUUGAUUAGCGUCUCCAUAACGUUCACAUUCUCGAAGUAGACGAACUUCUAUCGCAUUGCAGAAGGUAUCCGUUCCCAAUUUAGUGAUGAUUGUAGUUGUCGUUUUGUACAUUUUCUUUAUCACAUUGGGCCGACGACUGGGGUGGCUCACGGGCCGGUACCGUUCCGCGGACCGUCACUUUUACAACAACUUGACUUUGUCACUAUGAUGUCACUGACAGUAUUGGGCAUUACGCCCCUACAUCCACCACCUACCCCAACCCCUUAGUGUUUCUCGAUCAUUGGUGUUGGCAGGAUGGUCUAUAUAUUUAGAACAUGUUCAGUGUUUAUUAUUCAAGUAUCACAUUAAACACAGUACGAUAUUGAAAAAAAAAAGUGUGUGGGUUGGGGGGGGGGGGUGGGAAGGAUCAAACUAGGCCAACCAUUGUCUUAUAGAUUGGUUCUGUACGCAUGUUGAACAUGACACAAUAACUUGUACAUUUCCAGGUCACUCGGGAGGUGUUGGCAGGAUGGUCUAUAUAUUUAGAACAUGUUCAGUGUUUAUUAUUCAAGUAUCACAUUAAACACAGUACGAUAUUGAAAAAAAAAAGUGUGUGGGUUGGGGGGGGGGUGUGAGAAGGAUCAAACUAGGCCAACCAUUGUCUUAUAGAUUGGUUCUGUACGCAUGUUGAACAUGACACAAUAACUUGUACAUUUCCAGGUCACUCGGGAUUGAUCAAGAAUGCGGUAAACGACAAUCCAAUAUCCUGGAUCGUAUCCACGACGGCGAGUCCAUGCUGAGACUUGUCUAAUAUGUAAGUACACACCAGACCCCAGGGUCGUGGCAUAAACCUUUGUCGUUUUUUCGUUGUUUUUUCCCCUCCUCUUUCCAUUCAAAGUUCGCUAGUUUAUUUAUUAUUUUUAUCCACAUCACUACUUUGUUUGUAUUCGAAAGGAUUGCAGGGCGUACGCGUCUGCACUGACUGCAGACCGCCAUGUUGUUUUGAUUCAACGUCAAUGGGAACUUCUGUGAGGCCAGCAGAACAUGAUAAAGAAAAGAUGGAGGUGGACAGGGGCAUACUCUCCGAACCCCCCCCCCCCCCCAGAUAGCAUCACCAGACAAUCCCUAACAUGGAAUCCACAUGGAAAAGGAAAGAGAGGAAUGCCAACGAACCCACGGAGGUACGAGCUAGAGGCAGACACGCAAAGUGCACCUGGAAGCAACUGGGAAAAAAAAGGAAAGCAUAGGACCGUGAUGAACGGAAAAUUCUUGUGGACGGCCUAUGCCCCAGACGGGGUAAAAAGGCAUAAGAAGAAGAAGCAGCAGAACAUAGCCAGGCAUAUCUAUGGACAAGUCUAGAGACUAGAACAUUUUGUGUUCGGCUUAUCGUCAAAUUUAGAAAGUGCCUUAAAUCAUAUAGUUACGGGACCCCACCGCCACCCCCCCCCCCAAAAAAAAAAAAAAAAAAAAACACCAACUAAUGCACACACUUUUUUUUACACAUUAAAAUUGCUAUUAGGGGAGAGCGGGGCAUGUUGUCAUACUUUUUACAUUUUUCUAAAUAUUUAGGAAACUAAUUGGUCAAUCAUUAUAAUUAUCAAAACUAUUUUAUAUGAAAGUUUAUUAUUAUAGUUGUUUAAAAAUUAGCUUUAGAAAGACUUAAACUUUUUUAUUAGACCAUGACACCGUCUACAAAAGAGCCUCAAUGGUAUGACAGCUUACCCCACCUUAGGGGCAAGUUGUCUUGAUGGGAGGGGCAAGUUGUCAUAAUUAUAUUUUAUUCCAACUGCAGGUUUAUAUAGUCAAAAUGCAUUUGGAAAAACAUAUAAAUAAUAUAUUUAAAGAAGAAAAUAAGUAUUUUAUUAAACAUUUAUAUAUGAACAGCAAUAAAAAUGUAAUGUUUACACUAAAACACUUUGAAAAUGACAAUUAAAAAUCAUCAUUAGAGUCACAAUGAUGACAAAUGUACCCAGGUCCUCCUUCUGUACAUUCUUCAUGCUCCCAGCUUGAGCACAUACAACAUGUGAUCCAUUUUUCAGCAUCUCUACUAUUAGCCCAAGUCUCCCUACAAAUGAUACAGUAGUUUUCAUCUUCCGAUGAUGAUGAGUCUUGUCGAUGGUUUUUUGUCAAUUUGCCUUUUCCCUUUCCCUUAACAGAACUUUUGACUUUUUUUGGCUGUGGCUGUGACUGUUUCACAGAAUUUUUGUAAGUUGAAUCAGUUAAUAUAGUUGAAGUUCUCUUCUUGCGAAUGUUUUUUGAAGGAUUUCUUUCUAGGGCCUUUGGUAAUGGUCUAAGAUUAUCUGGUGUCGUAAGUACAGAGCAUUCAGACAUUGAUUCCACAUGAGAAGUUGAAGUUGAAGGCUCCUGUGCUGAAGUGGAUUGCUCUGGUAAAACUGCAACAUUUGAAGCUUGAGGCAUUGAUAUUUCAGAAUUUGUUUUGAUUGGCAAAGGUCUUUCUGUCAGUGAGCUUGGAGCAAAGUCCAAAUCUGAAAAGAUUUGUGGGUUAAAUGGGUGGAUGCCACAGGAAGAAAAGCCAUUUAGUAUAUUAUUUGGUGUCAUACUCAAUGGGAAGGCAACCUUCACUAUUUCUGGUAUAUUGUAAAUUGUCAUUGCUUUUCCAGGGUUAUUGACCAUCCAACUGUUGAUGGCACUAUUUACAGCCUUUUUUAAAGGUCCGUUGACAGUUCUGUCAAGUGGCUGCAACUUGUGGGUGCAGUGGGUGGAAAACUUAACAUAACAAUGCCAUUUGCUGUUGCAUAGUCAAGUGCAUUCAAUGACAAGUGUGAAAAGUGAUUGUCUACCAGAAGCAAAACUGGAUGCUCCUUUGAAGGUCUUGCAUUUCUUACAAAAUGAGUACGAAAUUUACAAAAUGUGUCUUCCUUCAUCCAACCAGAUGGAUUUGCGUCCCCAUCACUGCCAGGUGGUGCAUUAGUUAAAAAGUGCUCUCUAAAAUUAACUCCUGGAAAUACAAAAAAGGUGGGAUACUGUUACCUAUAGCAGAGCCAGCACAUGCCAAUGUUACCAAAGUACCUCUUUCUGCUGAGGUUAUUGCCCCAACUUGCUUUUGACCCUUUCGUCCAAAAAAACUUUCAGCGGUAUUUUUUUUUUAAAAUUAUUUAUUUUAAUUACAAAUUUCGAUUUUUUAAAAUGUAUUUACUUAUUAAUUAAUUUAUAAUCAUUAUCAUAAAUCUUAGAAUGUAGAUGUUGAAAGACAAUUAGAUUAAAAAUUUGUUGCGCAGAUCUAAACGUACAUAUCUAUGUGGAAAAGAGUGCAAAGGCAAAUUAUUUUUUAUGACAACUUGCCCCCUUAUAAAUAUGACAACUUGCCCCACAUGGGGUAAAUGGGAGUUUGCCCUAAAUAACUUUUUAUCCUUGUUGUAAAUUUGAUAACUGACUAGCACAACAAUAGAAGAAGUUCCAAAACUAUAAACUUUUUAAUGCAUUAAAAAUAGAUUUUACAUAUUGUUAAUAUGUUGAACAUUGGAACAAAAAGUUAAAAAGUUACUUACCAACGACAUUUUUGAUAUUUUUGGAUUUGUAGAAAAACUAUUCAGGCAAACUUCAUGAAAUCAACUGAGCAGUCAUCUUCUAACCUCCUUGAUAUAAUACCAAAACGUCACAGCAUCAAACCAGCUACAACUUUCAGAAAUAGUGACUAUGACAACUAACCCACAUGACAACUUGCCCCGCUCUCCCCUACUAUUAUAAAAUAUAGUAUAGAAAAAGUUAUAAAUUCAAUUUAAAUACUACACCAAAAAUUGAUCUAAAUUCAAAUAAUAAUUUUGACUUGAAAUAAAAUUUUCGAGACGAAAUAAGGUUAUUCUUACCAGGCAACAGUAAUGGGGACGUGUCAACGUUUGUGUGACAUGGGCUACUCACCUUUGCAAACAGCAUCUAUUCUAUAUUUGAUCUUGGAGCCGAAUCUUCCAAUAUUGGAAGAAAAUUUUUUUUGCGUGUGCUUCAAGCUGAUCUUUUCAGAACGUUUUAAAUUUAAAGAUAUCUUUUCAUAAUUGUAUUUAAACGUUUGAUUGCCGGUGUGCGUUAACAUAAUAUACAAGAGAGGUUGUCCGUGAAAAGCCAGGAGACUAAAGAUAACUUCAAUACCAACUAAACCAAUAAAUGACAUAACUUACAUUGAAAUGUAUACAUAUAUAUAUAUAUUGUAUUGCAUGGCAUCUUUCCGUCUGCGAGAGACGAUAGAUUAUCUUUAUUGCUUGCAGCUCUUGGUGUGUCUGGUGAGACCAAUCCUCGAAUGGCAGUCUCCGUUACAUUUCCCACCCACGAAUGUGGUGGAGCAGUAUUUACCGGCCCUCCUCCUCGCUCUUUAUGCAGCUGUUUCCGCCCUGUUUUGCUCCUCGGCAUGUAGUGAUCCUGCCUUCACGAUGCCCGCCAUGAGGAUCGAUCCUCUGCCAGCUCCUCCCCGUUUGAGAUGUCGAUUUGGCCGACUUCAUGUCUCUUUUGCAUAUGUCUAAGUAUCUCAGGACAAGGCCGUCCAACUGACCUUUUCCCUGUCGCCAGCUCGCUGUAUAGCACGUCCUUUGGUAUGCGACCAGGUUGCUAGGUGUAACUAACACCUACUUCAACUGUAAGGCUAUCCACCAAGUGUCAUGGAGGCAUCCCCGCUCUAAACACUGGCACCAGUUAGGUCUCAUCAUCACAGGACGCACACACCUGGCCAGUGUCCUCCUCACACGCAGCUACCACAGCGCAGACUGCGACACUGAUCAUUCCUUAGUGGCUAGCAAGAUAAGGCUACAGCCAAAGAAACUGUAUCACACUAAAUACAAGAGUAAACCACGCAUAAACAUCUGCUCCACCAAAAACUCAGAGAGAACAGAAGUAUACACCCAUAGUCUACAAGAAGCUCUUGUACAAACGCCACCAAUGGACACUAUCGAGUCCAAAUGGUCACAUUUGCGGGACACUAUAUAUAUAUUGUGUUGAAUUUACUUUUUUUAAAAUUUUUAUUUCAUUUAUAUAGGAUAUCCAACAUUUUGUCGGCUGCUGGCUUAACUAGGACAUCGGAUGAGGACCUCUGCAGCCAGUUUAAUUACCUAUGGAGCGCCAUUGUUUUAGCGUCAAUGGGAGGAUUUGUAACGUUAGUCCAGGUAGUAUAGAUAUAGUUUAUAAGUUGUAUAACCACUGAGAGGUCAAACCCAUCUUUAAAAAAAAAAAAAAUUUUUUUACCAAAGAUCAUAGGGCAAAAAGGAUGGGCAUGGGUAUAUAGGUGGGAGGGGUAGGCAAUAAAAAUGCCAUGUGCAGCCUUGGCACUUUGGGUAGAUUUGUAACGUUAGUCCAGGUAGUAUAGAUAUAGUUUAUAAGUUGUAUAACCACUGAGAGGUCAAACCCAUCUUUAAAAAAAAAAAAAAAAUUUUUUACCAAAGAUCAUAGGGCAAAAAGGAUGGGCAUGGGUAUAUAGGUGGGAGGGGUAGGCAAUAAAAAUGCCAUGUGCAGCCUUGGCACUUUGGGUGCUCUCACGAUAUAGCAAACUAUCUAGCGACCUUGACCUUUUUGAUACUCGGGCAAUAUAGCACCUAUUAAGCAGUCUUGGCCAUUUUGGUUCCCCCCACGAAAUAGCAAACUAUUUAGCAGCCUUGACCUUUUUGGUUCUCUCACGAUAGAGCAACUAUUUAGCAGCCUUAAUGCCACAGACUGACCAAAAUAUAACCACCCAGCAGUGCAUACGCCGUGUACGCAACCUGUAAGACCCCCUCCACCCCCCAAACCCACACCUUUUCUCCAAAUGUGCACCCAGGGCAUUGCGAAAGUGGACGCCAAAAGGGGGGGCAGCCCACCGCAUUGUGCCAGAAUCAAAUGGUGCUCAAAAUAUCUAUUUAAAAAAAUAUAUGCCUAUGUAACAUCAGUUAUUAAUGAAACAUGGGGCGCCCAUUUCCAGGCUUUGCCCCGGGCGUAGCUUUCUUUCGCACGGCCCUCCCUCCCUGCCUGCAACUGUCCAUUCCCAGUACUAAAAAAAAAACAAAACAAAAAACAACAAGCAAUGUGAUGAUUUUGUUACCAUACUGUUUUCAGUACGCAGGACAUCCUAUCUCUUGCUGGUGCCCCGCCGAGAUGCCCGAGGUGCAGUGCAACUAUACAAAGGCGCUGUGCUGGGUCAAGCAAAACUACUACGUCCACGAGGUGAGUUUACGAGUGACGCGCAUCGUUUGAAGACGUCAGUCAUACUAAUAACGGAGCGUAUGUUCUGAGCGUAGGGUUCGGUUCAGAUUUAUUGAUUAUUUUGUCUAUAAUUUUAAUGUGCUCAUCAGAUGCACGUUGUUCUCAUGGCAUUAGUACUGUAAGGUGGUUUGACACAGCGCAGUACCCCAGCCUAGGGCUAGGCUCACUGCUCAGUACCCCAGUCUAGGGCUAGGCUCACUGCUCAGUACCCCAGCCUAGGGCUAGGCUCACUGCUCAGUACCCCAGCCUAGGGCUAGGCUCACUGCUCAGUACCCCAGCCUAGGGCUAGGCUCACUGCUCAGUACCUCAGCCUAGGGCUAGGCUCACUGCGAUUUACAUAAACAAUUAGCAAUUUAAGAAAAUUAUACAUUUAAUAACAAACAUUGGAGAAAAGCUUGACUCACCCCCCCCCCCAAGUACUAUCUACCCCCCUGCCUAGCCAUCAGUGGCGUAGGAGGGCUCGCGGAGAGGGCCCCGGGCGACACUUUUUUUCUUUAUAUGGAGGGGGUUUCAUUUCCGACUAAUUGCAGAAUUUAAGAAAAUUAUACAUAUAAUAACAAACAUUGGAGAAAAGCUUGACUCACCCCCCCCCCAAGUACUAUCUACCCCCCUGCCGAGCCAUCAGUGGCGUAGGAGGGCUCGCGGAGAGGGCCCCGGGCGACACUUUUUUUCUUUAUAUGGAGGGGGUUUCAUUUCCGACUAAUUGCAGAGGGGGUUUUUUUCAGUGAAGAGGGGGGGGGGCAGCAAAAUUAUCGGCUCGCCCCGGGCGGCACUAAGCCUAGCUACGCCACUUAUCGGCGUGUUUUCUCAUUGUUUUGAUUUUUAAAAAAAAAACAAUUCCGGUGUUGCCAAGAAUUAAGAACCACUUAAUAAUUUCAAGAUUUGAAUGUUAAUUAUUGCCAAUGUAAAGGUCGCCAACUCCUCAUGUAUGAAAUAUUGCGUGCACCUUCGAGUUAUCUGCCUUUAUGUUAUUUUCAAUACAUUAUUUAGUUAUUGUUGCGAUCAUCAGAUUUCACUUUUCCUACAGGAUAGGCCUAUUCAAAAUAAGACUUACCUAAAAUAAAGUAUUCUAAAAUCCUGCAUUAUUUAUAUAAGGCGAAGCAGGAGCACAUUGCAUUGCCACUGACUUAGAAUGUUGCAUCGAUGCAUACGUACAAAUGCAAGAAAUACUUAGUCAGUGCAUUUUGACUGCAUUCCAGUGGUGUAUUUUUUUUUUUGGGGUGUGUGUGGGGGGGGGGGGGGCGCAUUAAGUCUGUGGGGGAAAUGAAUUUACAUUUGAAAAGUGGGCGAUGCUAGACAGGAGAGAGGGGAGUGGUAAUGUUAGACCGGGAAAAAAAGGGGGAGGGUGUAUACGACUUUCUAAGAAAUUUCUGUGUGUUCAGGUGGGGCGACCAACCCUGUACCGGAGUAUGAGCAUUUUGCUUUGAAGGCUUCCCUUACUUGGUUGAUAUUAUAAUCGAAAAAUAACAAUUUAGCUGAGUUGAGAAUUGUUUAAGGACAUUUUAGGAAACAACCGCAACUUAUGCUUGUCAACACGAUUAUAGGGUAACACUAAUCCCCCCCCCCCAUUUUUUUAUCUCAAUUUUAGGACCAAGAUAUUGGUCGUCAACCAACAGGAGAUCUACAGUGAAAGUAUCGCCUACUAUCCUUGGGUGCCAUGGAUCCUAUUCUUUAUGGCGGCCAUGUUGAAGUUCCCGCACUACAUCUGGCAGUCGUUUGCACACACAUCUGGCCUCAACCUUGUUAAGCUCAUCGAAAUGGCCGACACGCACGACGACAUUGAAACGCUGGCCAAAAUCUUGCAAAUCUGGCUCAUCAGGACCUGUCUGUCGACAAAUUCGAAAUGCGACGGCCUGAGACACUUUCUGGGGAGCAUCGGAUUUUUUUGGCUGGGGAAACGUCAAAGAACCUACCUCGCCGGCCUGGUCUUGUUCAUCAAGCUCACCUACCUGGUGGUGUCCGUCGGCCUGCAUCUGAGUCUGAACUUUUUCAUCGACGAGGACUUCAUGUGGUACGGGUACGAAGUGUUCGAGAACUACCUGAGGGGCAUACCCCAGUUCUCGGCCCGCUUCCCGGCGCAGACCCUUUGCGACAUGGAGGUCCGCGAGUCCACAACGAACGUCAACCGGUACACGGUCCAGUGCAUCCUGCCCAUCAACCGGUACAGCGAGAAGAUCUUUAUAUUCGUCUGGUUCUGGCUCCUGAUGCUCAUCAUCAUCAACGGGUGGAGCUUGUUCAAGUGGGGGAUACGCCUCCUGUCGCCGUCCGACAGGCGGAGAUUCGUGCAAGGCUACGUGGAGAUAACCCUCUACUUGAUGAAGAUGCAGAAGAGGAAAGAUGGCGCCAAGGACGAUAACGAUUCGAAUUCGCACGGAGAGGACGGCGCGAGUUACAGUUCUUCCACGACAGCGAGCCUUCGACCAUUGGCGUCAAACUCCAUAGUUGUAAAUACACACGAUAAACCAAGAGGGCGUAGGAGAAAAUUUGUUCAAAACGCCCUGAGUGUUCAAAACACAUUAAAUGAACUUUUUGCAAACGGGUUCGUUUUCCGAGCGCAGGACCUGCACAUCGAAGCCAGCGAACAGGAAGCCAUUGAGUUCGAGCAGAGGGAGAAGGAGAAGGCUGCCGAGCUCAAGAGGCGGAAGCGCAUCGACAGAAUCACGUCACGCAUGAUGAAACGCUUCGGCCAUGAUGGGGUCGUCGUGUUUAGAACUCUGGAAGACGCGGUGGGUGUUAUCAUGGCCAAUCAGAUAUUUCAGGAACUGUAUGUACAGUUGAAUGCUUCACUCCAUUAUUCAUAAGAUUCGUACCGGUACAUAUAAUAUUUCAACUUAUUUGGUAUGUUGGCCCUGAUGAGUGGAGC